UCAAUCAAAACAACAUGCAUGAAUAGUGAGCGAAACAUAUGUCUCGUAUUUUUUAUGAUAUUUGUUGUAUGCUGAUACAUUGAUUCCACGUUUGCUGUGUUGUCAAUUCACUGUUUUGUAUAAUGCAGUCGGACGUCGGUUCCCUUGGGAAAGGUGACUUCAUUCCACCUGAUGAAGAUGAUUCGAAAAGUCCUAGCGUUAGGCUAAGACCUAAGAAGACAAGCGAUGAUGGUGACCCUACAGGUGCCGCCAGGGUGGCUUCCGUCCCGCAUUUAAAACAGACGGAAGGCCCCAAAUUGACGCCUUUGGUUACUGAGCAGAAAGCAACAGGUAGCAGAAGACAAAGCUGCACGACGAAUUUAGACAAAAAUCUUUCUUUGUUCAAGUACCUUAAUGCUGAAUUAACGAGGGGCUACUUUUUACAGCAUGAUGAAGCCAAGUAUGAACAGAAGCGUGAACGAGUGUACACUUUUUUUAAAAUCCAAAAGGAAGUUGAAAAGAUGAUGUGGUACGGCUUUUUCCUCUGCAUGGAUGCUUUUCUGUUUUUAUUCACAUUCCUGCCAAUGCGAGUGUCUAUUGCGCUCGUUAAGAUCUUCAUUGGCCCCUGUCAAGUACAGCGCGGAGGUCGGUGGCUUGAGCCUGCUCAGAUGUGUGACUUGUUGAAGGGUUUUAUCCUGAUUGCUUGCAGUUGGCUACUGUACUACAUUGACAUUUCAAUGUUAUAUCAUAUAGUGCGAGGGCAGGCUAUGAUUAAGCUUUAUAUUAUCUAUAAUAUGUUGGAGGUAGCUGACCGUUUAUUUUCGUCCUUUGGCCAAGACAUUCUAGAUGCUUUAUUCUGGACGGCAACUGAACCUAAAAAUAAAAAACGAGAGCACUUUGGCAUCAUCCCUCAUUUGGGAUUGGCCAUCAUUUAUGUCUUUUUGCAUGCUAUUUUAGUUUUAUUCCAAGCUACUACUUUGAAUGUGGCGUUCAAUUCUCACACAAAAGCCCUGCUUACUAUCAUGAUGUCAAAUAAUUUUGUUGAGUUAAAAGGAAGCGUAUUUAAGAAAUUUGAGAAGCGUAAUUUGUACCAGAUGUCAUGCGCUGACAUCCGGGAACGCUACCACUACUUGGUGCUCUUAUCGAUCGUUGUUCUUAGGAACAUGACAGAAUUUUCUUGGAAUCCAGAGCAUUUUAAAAAGCUAAUACCAGACCUAUUGCUAGUCCUGGCAGGAGAGGUCCUUGUUGACUGGGUUAAGCAUGCCUUCAUUACAAAGUUUAACUGUAUUUCUGCUGAGGUUUACGUAGAAUAUCGCGCAAGUUUAGCAUACGAUAUGGUCUCUAGCAGAAAAAAGACAGCUUACUCAGAUCACAUUGAUUUAGUAUCAAGAAGUGGCAUACGAAUCUUCACCCAAUCUUUUAAAAUCACUGGAAUAAGUUCAGUUGUCAUUCUUAUCCUUUUCUAUAUAAGCAUAACAUUACUGAAGAUAUUAAACAGUAUCGUUUUACUUGGAAAAGGCUGCCAGUACGUGAAAGAUUUUAAACUUGAUGAGCCACCGUCUGCCCAGAAUACGAGAGCGUCUUCAAACUUUGCAUCACUGAACAGAGACACAUCGCAAAGUACUCCAAACUUGUAUCGUGAUCCGCAGUCCCCAGGCCUAGUCCCUUCAGAUAGUUCUGUCUCACUAGCAGGAAGUGAUCUUGUACUUAACAGUCGAGAUACUAAGCCACAUUCUGCGAAAAAAGUUCAGAUUCAGAAUAAUAAAUCAUUGAGUGAUAUUGAUCGUUACACAUUGUGUAGCAAUCAAAUUGUUUAAAAAUUCUUAUGUAUUUAUUUAAGCAUUUUAUAUUUUUAUUUUAAGAUUAAUAAAUUUAUUAUUGAUUAAACUGGUUGUAUUAUAUUCAGCUUAUAUAUGGUCAUUUAUGAUCACUUAUGCCUUGCCAAAUUCAUUCUGAUACGAGAAUUGUGGUGGCAAAAAUGUUUAAAUGGUUCUUUGUAUGGCAAUAAAAUUAUUCCAUUGUGUAAAUUAAA